AUGCAGGUUUUGGAUGUAGUGAAGAAUAUAGACAUCAUGAAGCUUUCAUCUGCAGAAUCUAUUGCAGUUAUAUUCCAAUCAUUAGGCAGGCUCCAGCUGGAAUCUGUUGCAAAAGAUAUCCUUUUGGAUUUCAGAUCGUGUGAAGGAUCAAGUAUUAUCUUCCUCGAUAAAUUUGUGCCAUGUAAGGUUAAGGAUUUUAAUGAUGAAUUCUUACGUAAUGCAGAUCAGGAUGCAGAUAAUAUUUCAAACUUCAUUGCUAGUUAUGCUGUUAGCAUUCCAAAUUCAGCGGUUGAGGAUAUCAUCCCAAAGGUCAAUGCUAUGCAUGAAUUACUGGGAGUGUUGCCUUCAUCCGCAUCAUAUGAAAAGCUCAUUUUGCAUUGCUGUGGUUUAGACAAGAGAGAAAGUGAGAUUGCAAGGAGAAAUUAUUUCUUGGAGACUACCAGAGCAAGUGUGAGAGUGGUUCUGCAGGAACUGGGUCAGACAGACUAUGACCCCCACAAUAACUUGGAUGAGCAUUGGGUGGUCACCGCUCUGGAUAUUGUUGAAACAAUGUGUGAUGCUGGCUUUAACUUGUCAACUCAAUUGUUACAAUUAAUAUUACAGACGUGUGAGAAGUCUCAUGAAUAUAAUUUGAUUGAUGAUUUAAGAAUUGAAUUUGCAUGUGCAUACAAGAUAAUUGAUGACUUAGAGGAGAUGAGUUUCAAACCUACGACAAACAUGUACAAUGCUAUAAUGGCGGGAUAUUAUCGGGAGAAGAACAUCAGUGGUGGGCUGAGAGUCCUCAAGUACAUGCAAGGUGCCAAUGUAAAACCUGAUUCUCAGACUUUCUCCUAUUUGAUUAACAAUUGUGAAACGGAAGAGGAUAUUAUCAAGAUAGGUUGGCAGAAUCAAUGGAGGUGGUGCAAUGUUGCUUUGGUGACCAGGAGAUGGCUUGUGGACAACACAUGCCUAGUUGAGCCAUACAAAGAAGCUGCACGUGGAACAAUGACCACUUUUUAUUUUGAAGAAAUGAACCAAUCUGGAGUCCCACCAACAAAACAAAUUUUUAUGGCCCUUAUUGAUUCGUAUGCAGAUUGUGGAAAAUUGGAGAAGGCAAAACAGGUAGUUUUGGAUCCAAAAAUACCAAACCAGAGCUUAAAUGAAAUCAAGAGUGUUCUUGUCUCAGCUCUUGCAUCACAUGGGCAAUUGUCCGAGGCUCUUCUUGUCUAUGAACAGAUUAAGAAAUGUGGACAUAAUUUGGAGCCAAAAGCCGCAAUAGUUCUGAUUGAAGUGUUGGCUCAACACAAUGAGGAGGUAGAUAGACUGCUACUUCUACUAAAGGAAGUGAGUGAUCUAGACUAUUGGGUUGAUGGCUGCUUCAAGGUCAUCAAGUACUGUACAUGGAACAACAAUAUAAGUUCUGCUAUUCUUUUGUUCAAACAACUAAAGGAUAAGUUUGAAAAUGAUGAAAUGGUAAUGGAAGGCCUUUUUGACACGGUAUUUUAUGAAAUUGCAACAUCUGAGUCCACUCAUUUACAGAUUGGCCUGGACUUGCUUCGGACAAUCAAGGAUGAGCUUGGCCUUAUGCCGUCACGGCAAUGUCUUGAUUUUCUUCUAAGUGCUUGUGUCAAUGCCGGAUAUUUGAACAGUGCCCGCAUGAUCUGGGGAGAGUACGAGAUUGCUGGGUUUCCUUACAAUGUAUUAAGUUACUUGCGAAUGUAUCAGGCACUUUUGGCAGCAGGAGAUGCUAGAUCUGCUUACCAUAUGCUUAAGAAAAUUCCACGAGACGAUGCCGAGGUUCGUUCUAUCAUCAUAGCAUGUCAAGAAACAUAUGGUGGUGUUGGUUAUGUAGUAAAGAAGAAAAAGCGAGUUAAAAGGAAAGAAAGAAAAGAGCAUGACCAGAAUACUAAUUCCAGUGAUACGUGA